AUGAACUCUCGCGACCGCCGCAAAGAAGACAUCGAGAAGGCGUAUCAAGUGCAAGCCGCGGCGGGCCUCCGCGGGUUCGCGCAGUUCGGCGCGGUCGGGCUCGGGCUCGCCGCCAUCGGACACCACUCGUGGCCGGCGUUCAGGAGGCAGACGCUCCCGUUCAAAGCGUGGCUGGUCACGAUCGUAUCCGUCUUCGGCCUCUGCAUCCACGCCGAGAACGCGCUCCAGGCGCACGAGCUCGAACAGCGCCUCCGCGAGAACUCGGUCCGUCGCGAGGCCCGGCUCGACCUCGCCCGGCGCGGGCUCGUCGCGACCGAGUCCGAGAUCGCGAAGUGGCGGGCAGAGCGCGAGCGCGCCGCUGCCGCAUCAACAUCCAUUGCCCCGGCAAGUCCUUCGAGUCCACGCUGA